UUUCUCUCUCUACAGCCAUUCUCAAAGAGAAAAAAACAAUGGAAGGAAAAGGAAAGAUAGGGAAUUGGUUUGAGAGUGCAAAACCCUACAUAGCAAUGAUUUCGCUGCAAUUCGGUUACGCCGGGAUGAAUAUUAUCACAAAAGUUUCGCUCAACCGAGGUAUGAGCCACUACGUUCUCGUCGUCUACCGACACGCUUUCGCCACCGCCGUCAUUGCUCCCUUCGCUAUUCUCCUCGAAAGGAAAGUUAGGCCGAAGAUUACGUUCAAAAUUUUCAUGCAGCUCUUCGUUUUAGGACUUCUCGGGCCGGUGAUCGAUCAGAAUUUCUACUACGCCGGUCUGAAAUUCACUUCCCCGACUUUUUCAUGUGCCAUGAGCAACAUGCUACCUGCCAUGACUUUUGUAAUGGCAGUUCUCUGCAGGAUGGAGAAGUUGAAUAUGAAGAAGGUGAUGUGUCAAGCAAAGGUGGCGGGAACAAUAGUAACAGUGGGAGGAGCGAUGCUGAUGACAGUAUACAGAGGUCACGUGAUAAACAUGUUUUGGUCAAGUUUUAUCCAUCCUAAGCAAUCCUAUGUUCCGACAACUUCUAAUCAUGCUGACUCAUCUGCCGACAAGGAUUGGCUCAAGGGCUCUAUUCUCCUCAUCAUUGCCACUCUCGCCUGGGCUUCCUUCUUCAUCCUUCAGGCGAUUACGAUGAGGAAAUACACAGCGCAUCUUUCAUUAACAGCACUUGUGUGCUUUAUGGGAACACUUCAAUCUAUCGCUGUCACUUUUGUGAUGGAGCACAAGCCAAAUGCUUGGGUUAUUGGUUUUGACAUGAACCUUCUUGCUGCUGCCUAUGCUGGAAUUGUGUCAUCGAGCAUAGCAUAUUAUGUGCAAGGACUAGUGAUGCAGAAGCGUGGGCCGGUGUUCGUGACUGCCUUCAGCCCGUUAAUGAUGAUUAUAGUGGCGAUCAUGGGCUCAUUCAUCUUGGCUGAGAAAAUAUAUGUUGGAGGGGUUCUUGGAGCAGUGUUGAUUGUGAUUGGACUCUACUCAGUGUUGUGGGGCAAAUACAAAGAGUACAAGGAGAUGGAAGCAGAGCAGAUUCUUGAACCAGUGAAAAUUGGGAAUAUUAAUAAUAAUAAUAAUAAUAAUAAUAAUAAUAAUAAUAAUAUUAAUAAUAAUAAUUUAAAUAUAGGUGAUAUUGAGGCAAAUAAUAAUAAUAAUAAUAUUGCAGUGGAAAAUAGAAUGUAUGUUCCUGCAAUAGCAAUUAGUGGACCAAUGCCACAGCCUCCCAUGCUGGCUUUGGAAGCUCCUAAACCAUAAUUAAUUUAUAAAUAAAUAAU